AUGGGUUCGAAAAGAAGCAAGUCCGAUUCACUGGACCCGGACGAGCCGAACCGGGUCGGGUCGGAUUUUCCAGACGAGGUUUUGGAGCAGGUCCUUGGCAUGGUGAAGUCCCGCAAGGACCGGAGCUCGGUCUCGCUGGUGUGCAAGGAGUGGUACGACGCGGAGCGGUGGUCCCGCCGCCAAGUGUUCAUCGGAAACUGCUACUCGGCGUCGCCGGAGAUAGUGACCCGGCGGUUUCGGAGCAUCCGGAGCGUGACCCUGAAAGGGAAGCCCCGGUUCUCGGACUUCAAUCUGGUUCCUCCGAACUGGGGCAGCGAUGUUCAGCCGUGGCUGGAGGUGUUUGCCAGUGAAUACCCGCUUCUGGAGGAGCUGAGGCUGAAGAGGAUGACGGUGACUGAUGAGAGCCUUGAGUUCUUGGCUGUUUCGUUUCCUGGGUUCAAAGCUCUCUCGCUUCUCAGCUGUGAUGGGUUCAGCACAGACGGCCUCGGAGCCAUUGCCACUCACUGCAAGAAUUUGACUGAGCUGGACAUACAGGAGAAUCAAAUUGAUGAUAAAAGUGGCGGAUGGCUAAGUUGCUUCCCCGAAACUUUCACAUCUUUGGAAAUACUAAACUUUGCCAGCCUCAAUAGCGAUGUCAAUUUCGAUGCUCUUGAGAAACUUGUACGCAGGUGCAAAUCAUUUAAGGUGUUGAAGGUUAAUAAAAAUGUAACCUUGGAACAGCUACUGAGGCUUCUUACCCAUGCUCCUCAGCUUCUGGAGCUAGGCACUGGCUCAUUUUUGCAAGAGCUCACUGCCUGUCAGAAUUCACAACUUGAAAGAGCAUUUAGCAAUUGCAAUAAUUUACACACGCUCUCUGGUUUAUGGGAAGCAACGGCCCUUUAUCUUCCAGCUCUGUAUCCUGCAUGUACAAAUCUCACUUUCUUGAAUUUGAGUUAUUCUGCUUUGCAAAGUUGGGAACUUGCUAAGCUUCUUGCUCAUUGCCCACGUCUACGGCGCCUUUGGGUCCUGGACACAGUGGAAGACAAAGGGUUGGAGGCUGUCGGAUCUAACUGUCCUUUGAUUGAGGAACUCCGUGUUUUCCCUUCUGAUCCUUAUGGUGAUGAUAUUAUCCAUGGGGUGACUGAAUCUGGGUUUGUUGCUGUGUCUUAUGGCUGCCGAAGACUCCACUAUGUCCUCUACUUUUGUCGGCAGAUGACUAAUGCAGCUGUAGCAACUGUUGUAAAAAACUGCCCUGAUUUCACCCAUUUUCGUCUCUGUAUAAUGAACCCAGGGCAACCAGAUCACAUAACAAAUGAGCCCAUGGAUGAGGGUUUUGGUGCAGUGGUGAAGACUUGCACUAAACUCCAAAGGCUUGCAGUUUCAGGUUUAUUGACCGACCGCACAUUUGAAUACAUUGGAGAAUAUGCUAAGAAUUUGGAAACGCUUUCAGUAGCUUUCGCUGGAAAAAGUGAUUGGGGGAUGCAGUGUGUGCUGAAUGGUUGUCCAAAGCUCAAGAAACUUGAGAUAAGAGACUGCCCUUUCGGGAAUGCGGCUUUGCUCUCAAAUUUUGAGAAGUAUGAAUCUAUGAGAUCACUUUGGAUGUCAGCCUGCAAUGUGACAAUGAACGCGUGUCGGCUAUUGGCAAGUGAGAUGCCAAGAUUGAAUGUUGAGGUAAUGAAGGAUGAUGGGAAUGAUGAUGAUCAGGCUGAUAAAGUCUAUGUUUACCGUUCUGUUGCUGGGUCAAGAAGGGAUGCCCCACCUUUUGUUCUCACUUUCUGA